UCCUACAUAUAAGAGAGGUGGUCAUAUAGACCUUAAAAUUUCAGCUAUGGAUUCAGGGAGAAAUUUGAAGAAGAUUUAUGCAGCUGUAGUUAAUGGCGAUUGGAGUUAUCUAGAAGAUCUUUUCGUGGACACCAUGAUCAUGGAGAAGGAAGAAAUCACAAAUAAUGAUGAUACCAUUCUUCAUGUAGCUGCGCAAGCUCGACAAACGGAGAUGAUGCAGAAACUUCUGGAGCUAACGGAUACAGAAAAUGUAGCUAUGAAGAACAAACAUGGGAAUACACCUUUGCAUGAGGCUGUCAUCACUGGUUCGGUAGGAGUCUGCCGGGCUUUGGUCGGUAAGGAUAGACAGAUGCUAGACAUGCGAAAUGUUUUGGGAGAGACACCAUUAUUUUUGGCCGCGAAAUUUGGGAACAAGAAGGUGUUGAGGUCCUUGGCUUCUCAAAUGCCGAGUCUGUUUGACCCAGAUGGUGAUAGGAGUGCCCUAAGGAGAGAUGAUGGGCACAACAUCCUUCAUGCUGCCAUUGAGCAGGAAUCCUAUGAUUCUGCAUUAGAGAUCCUUAAGAACUUCCCAUUUUUGGCACUUUACAGAAAUGAAAAGGGCUUGCUCCCUCUCCACAUCCUAAUCCGCAUGCCUUCUCGCCGCUUAGGAUUAGUACAUCGAGCUAUCUAUGCAUGCACCCUACUUGUUCCCCCUGAAAGGUGGAGUCCCGAGGUCAUACGAGACGGUCCAGAUGCAACGUUAGAAGACAACGGGCCUAAAAAAUCGAGGGUGAUUAUCGGCUCCAUGGUUAAUCUUAUUAAAUCUGUGCACAACGUAACAAGGAGUACAGGGCGGAAAGUAUUAACUUGGCGAUUCCGGACUAGCUCGAGCGAUAAGAGAAAUAUCUUGCAAGACCUAGAGAAUCCCCCCGUAACUUCCACAUUGAACCUUGCGGAACGUAGCCCCCAGAUGAGUGAAUUAGAUGGCCAGGACUACCUUGCGGAACGUGGCCCUCAGAUGAGUGAAUUAGAUGGCCAAGACUACGAAGGCCUUUUAGAAACACAAACUACAAGGGAUAGCCAUGCACAAAGAUUGGAGCGUUCAUGGUGCAUCACAUUCAAGACUUCUAUAAAUUUCACAUGGAGAGUAUUUAUGGCUGUUUUGGUAAAGUUUGUUGAUCCUAUACUCCACGUCGUGACAAUUGCCUUGGGGUUAGGGCACACAUCGGUGAAGGAACUUAAAAAUAUGAAGCGGAGGCACAAACUGGGCACCCUGCUUGCGGUAGUGGCGGUUGCUAAAUUGAUGGACCAUGGGACUGCGAGGGCCGGCACGCAAGGUCCACCAGCAGGCAGUGGAUCAUUCGACAUGCACAAUCCGUUGAGCCCCUUCUUGCGCAUGGAUAAACCCCCCAAAGCCAUCGCAUCAGUAACCCCACAUGAAACCAGUCUGGGCACCUCAGACCCCAUCGAUUAUGUUGGCUUUUUCGGAACUAGAACAAUUGGUGCCAACCACGGUGGCUUCUAUGGCCUCACACCAAUUGAUCGAAGUGGGAAUCAUUCGACAUCAAUUACACAAAAAGGAAGCGACAGCUCAGGUUUGAGUGCACAGGAUGCCGUGGUUUGGAGUGCCCGCGACUCGGUUCUAUGGGAGGCAACAAAGAACGGGGUUUUGGAGGUGGUGAGAGUUAUUUUAGCUGCUUCGCCUGAUGUGGUGAAUGUGGUGGAUGAGAGGGGAAGGAACAUUUUGCACCUUGCAGUGCAGUACAGACAACCGCAUAUUUUCAAGCAUAUUCUUAAGUCUGGAGUACCCUUGGGGUUCGCUUUGAGGACUGUAGAUAAGGAUGGGAACAAUUUAUUGCACUUGGCAGCUAAGCUACCAGAGCAAACCAACCAGCAUGCGGUCGUCCAGGGAGCUGCUUUGCAUAUGCAGUGGGAGCUGGAGUGGUAUGAGAUGGUGAAGGAGUUCUUGCCCAACCACAUGGUCCUCAAGCAAAACAAAGACCACAAAACGCCCAUCGAGCUUUUUAGGGCAACGCACAGCACACUGGGCAAGCAAGGCGCCGACUGGCUCACAAAGACCGCCAAGUCCUUCUCACUAGUGACCACACUCAUUAGUACAGUGUGCUUUGCCGCCGCCUUCACGGUGCCAGGCGGAGUCAAGCAAGAGAACGGGCAGCCCGUUCUCUUGGGGAAGACUCCAUUCCUUGUUUUCUUGAUAGCAGAUCUGGUGGCCCUCUCUUUCUCUAUCACCUCUCUGGUUAUGUUCCUUGCUAUCCUCACAUCUCACUUUCAAGAAUGGGACUUUCACCGCCGUUUGCCAUGGCAACUGUUGGGGGGCCUCUCUACUCUCUUUAUCUCUAUUGCUGCUAUGCUGGUGGCCUUCAGCUUUGGGCUCAUUCCCCUUUUGCAUGGAAGGUUCAAAGACUUGAGGCUCAUUAUCAUUCUUGUUCCAAGCAUUCCGAUUGGUAUCUUUGCAUUCGUUCACCUUCCUCUCUAUCUCGAUCUGUUCGAGUACAGUCUCCGGAAAUUGCCACGACUUAGUUACAAAGAUGAUGUGCUGUGAUGAACUACUCGGGGGGUAGAAAGCACAGCGCGUUUCAGCUACCAGAAUGUUGGAGGAUUAUCCUAAUUAGUCUCUCCCUCUCUCCUCUCUCCAAAUUUGUUUUUUUUAAUUGGAAAAAAUUUAUAUAAUUUUCAACCUUUAUAUUAUGUAAGUAAGAA